GCGCACCAGGAAGUUCCAACCGCUGCUGAUGUCAUCUGACUCUGACGCAGGCGCUCAAGCUCCCAGAAAGUCAACAGCAACAGCGGAAAAACUCAACAUGGCUCCCAAACUUGAACUUCCAAACGCUGCAGCGGUUGUGUGGCUGAUGUUUCUCGCUCUGAUCCCCCCGGUGGAGGCUUACGAUGCGGGCGACGCUUUAGCCCUGCUCCUGGGCACCAUCCUGACCGUGGUGGGGUUCUGCGCCUUCCUCGGCUGGUACGCACGGAGGCGGAACGGACAGCUGUGAGAGAGACUCUCUUGAUCGUGCGCCUGUCCUGUCAUGUUAUCAUGCACCGCAUUAAUACCUCUUCGGUGAUCUCAUAUGGACCUUCUGCCACAAGAUUUGUCUCAAAGCGACUAAUAAGAAACGUGCCUUAUUGGAAUUAAUGCGUCAAGUACAACGGGAACCACGUGGACUCUGUUGGAGAAGGCGGAAGGAAACAUCCAGGAAGUCCAAAAACAGGAACAGUUAUUUGUUGAACUGCUGAGAUUAAGGACCAAACACUGUAGCCUUCUAUAUGAAAAGACUGCUGCAGUUACUAUAUUCUCCAAAGGAUGCUUGCAUUGCAUAUUGCGCAUAUUUUCCAUGCUUGGAGUGAUCACUGUGAUUUCUUGAUGUGUUUAUGUCUGCAAUGUGCAACACAACAUUGCCGUUGUUUGAAGCACAAUAUCAAAAGUGCGGUUAUAUGAAAACAAUGGCGCUGUUGUUGCAAUUUCUGCUUUUAAAAUGUGUAACAAGAGCUUUAAGAAUAAUAAAUUGCUUCUCCUGAUGCUCUGCACAACUCA